AGUCAAACUUCGCUGACGGAUGUCGAUAUUUGGCGAUCCUAACCUAACUUUUUUGUUUUGGUUAUGGUUAAAAACUGCAGGAAGUUCCAAACAAGUUGAAAAGCUUGAAUCAAAAUAUAUAUUUUAAAUAAUAUUAGAUAGGGCGUCCGGUUUACAUUAUAUUGCAUUGCCUUUGGAAUUAGUUAUGCAAUGGCAGAGCAGUACAAGUCACUGCAUCCUGUUAAAUACUAUAGAGAUUACUUAUCACACAACAUACGACCUGAUGGGAGAGUGUUUGAUACAUUCAGACCAGUGAUUCUUAAUACAGGUUCAAUAGAUACAGCAGAUGGAUCUGCCUUAUCAAAACUUGGACAAACUACUGUGGUUUGUGGCAUAAAGGCUGAGCUAUGCAAACCAAAAGCUGAAUCACCAAACAAAGGCUUUGUUGUUCCAAACUUGGACCUUCCACCACUUUGUUCCCCAAAGUUUCGUCCAGGGCCACCAAGUGAUCAAGCACAAGUCCUCAGCCAACUGAUCAAUGAUAUAAUUGAAAAUUCACAAUGUAUUGAUCUUACUGAUCUCUGCAUAUUUCCUGAUAAGCUGGCUUGGUGUUUGUACAUUGACUUCAUCUGCUUAGAUUUUGAUGGAUCUGUAGUUGAUGCUUGUAUUAUUGCUUUGGUUGGUGCAUUGAAAACAGUGAAAUUGCCAUUUGUAGAUUAUGAUGCUGCUUUGGAUAACAUACAAGUGAACUUAGAAAACACAAGGCCCUUGCCAGUACAUUCUAUUCCAGUUUCAACAACAUUUGCAAUUUUUGAUGACAAAAUAAUUCUAGCAGAUCCAACAGUUGAAGAGGAAAAUCUGUGCACUGGGAUUAUUGUUAUAGUACUGAAAGAUGAUGAGUUAUGCUGUGUUCAUAAGCCAGGAGGCAGUCCAUUAUCAUCAGACGAACUACUGGGCUGCAUAGAGAAAUCCAAAAAGAAGGUUCCUUUGAUGAGGGACCUCCUAAAGACUGCAUUGCAAGAUGUAGGAUAAGUUUAUCUGGAAUACGGUUUGGUUUUGGAAUAAUGCUGUUGAUAAUAAACGAUUUUUAUACAGAUUUUUGAGAUAA